AUGGAAUCUGCGAGUGUCUUGCGGCCUCUCGAUGAAUCACAGCUCCGCGAACUCCCUCAAAUCUCUCUCCGUAUCGCCCCUCUACGAGAACCAGUAUCAUCACGAACCCUAAGCGUCCCAUCGCCGCUCGAACCCAAUGCUAGUGGAGCACGGGACUCGAAUAAUAUCUCCAAUUCAAACAACAAUAGCGGGCAGAUCCCAGCAAAUGCAAAGGGAGGCCUGCCGACGGUUACGGAAUUUCUGAACGCUGCGCGCAUCAGGAAAACCGAACUCUCGGCAGACUCGCAGUCAAAUGUGGAACGUCCGCCGAGGCCGAUACUUCCUGCUUUUGUGAACCUUCGUGCCCUGGAAAAGUUUCCAUUCUCGUCAUCUUUCGAUGAUGACGCCCUCCAAGGGCCUCGCAAGCGUCGACGUCGAGAGCCCCAGCCUGAUUCAUUCAGCGAGCAUCUACAGUUACCUAUCCCCCAGGCCCAGAAGGAGCAGCGGCCUCCUCCAUUUGGGCCAUUUGCUAUUCUAAAUGGAUUGAAUGAGCCUCCUCCCAAUGCUGCGCUUCUCCCACCCAUUGAGGCUGGGUCUAAUAUCUCCCAGCUUUUGACUAAGCCCUCCGGAGGCGAUGCUGCUGUUGACCCUGGGACGUUGGUUUCAGCUCACGUCGCGAUAUCAGAUGGCCAGCCUGCGGAAAGACGAGAUACUAGACUGGAAGAAAUCCUCAGAACGUCCCUCAAUGUGGAUGGAGAGGACCAUAAUGAUGAUGUUGAUAAUGUUGAAAGUACUAACCCAGUCGAUCCUGAUGAUAUUGCCCUGUCUGUUCGUGAAGCAGAAAAACCCAAGAACAGUAAGGCAUCGCCACCACCUCCUGGGGAAAAUGCCCCAAUGUCUCCUAAAACUCGUGGCCGGUCCCGUAAAAACAUGAGAAAGUGGUCCGAAGAAGAGACGAUUACUUUACUUCGGGGCGUGGUCAAAUGUGGGAUUGGCAACUGGACUGCUAUUCUUGCUCAGCCGGAACUGGAGUUUAACCAGCGAACUGCCUCAAAUUUGAAAGACAGAUUCCGAGUCUUAUGUCCAUGGGCGUACAGCGCAUCCGAUCCCAACGAAGCCGCAAAACAACUACAUGAGACUCUCGCUAACACCCUACUCAAAGCCAAAGCAGAGGGCUCCGGCGAAACACCUGGCAAAAUCAGCCUCUCCCAUCUAAUACCCUCAAAUCAAAGCCUCCAGCCAAACUCUCGAGGAAAAAGCCCGGCUUGCAAUCCGCAAAAACCCUCUAUGUCCCGUACCGUCUCAUCCACGCCCGACACUGAUCCCGGGAGUAGUAGCAUUGCCCAAUCACAGUCGCCCUCAUCAGGGAAUAGCACACCCGCUCUCUCGAGCAAGUCCCGCAUAGCACUGGAAUCUCUUGGAAUCCCGGAACCACAUGUCUCAAAAACCAAACGUCGCUCUCGGCGACCCUUCACAACCGCCGAAGAUGAAGCUCUCCUCAAAGGCUACGCAGUGCACGGCUUCCAAUGGACCCUAAUCCAGCAAGAUUCACGCCUGAACCUAAGCCACCGCAAAGCGACAGACCUCCGCGACCGCUUCAGAACCAAGUUCCCACACGCCUAUCGUGACGGCGGUUCCGUGAGCGGAAAAGCCCUUACCAACCAAAGCCAGGCCCAGGAGUCGGCUGUAGGCGCGUCGACCCCCCGUCCACAUGCUAUCAACACCGAACAAUCUCCAAGCAAGGUCUAUGCCAUGACUCCGACUUCGACUCCGGCUACCACGCCUCGCACAUCGGUGUCGAGGAGUCGUCAUGCUGCUACCCCUUCCCAGUCCAAUCUCGCCCAGAUUGAUCCUGCGCUCUUGCCGCCGCCUCCACAGGCCUUUUUGGAGCAUUCGAUAUAUCUUCCUCCUGCUGCUGCGGGUGUGCUUUCUUUCUCUCUGGAUGAUGGCUCUGGGGCGGGUGCCUCUUCCGCGGUGGAGACACCGUGGGAAGAUAAUACCCUCGCUCCUAUGAUUUGGGAUGAAUUGACCUAA